ACAGUAGCCAAAAAGUGAAUGGUAACACAGGAGGAGCUGCAGAGAUCCACAGCUCACACUGGAGAACAUGUUGAGAGGACAGCUAUUACUUGUGUACUUCAUUAGUCAGGUCUUUAUGAAUGAGUGGUAAGAGGAAAACCAUUGCUGAAGGAGAGCCUUAAGAAGUCAUGUUUGCAGUUUGCUACAAGACAUGUAGAGGACACAAUGCACAUGUGAAAGAAGGUGCUGUGGUCGGAUGCUACCGACACUGAACCUUUUGGCCUACAUAGCAAACACUGUGUGGAGGAAAACCAACACUGCACUUGAACAAACUAUCCCCACCAGCAAAAGACACUAGGAUACUGGAAACUAACCACCUGGAGCUAUAGUGGAAUGUGUUAGAAUGGUUCAGUCAAAGUCCAGACCUAAAUCCAAUCUGCAGUGCAAAGCUGGUAGAUGCAUACACCUACAAAGUAUUGACUUUCAUCAUUUUGCUUCCACUUCACAAGGAUACACUAGCUUGUGUUAGUACAUUACAUAAAAUCCCAGUAAAAUCAACUGAAGUCUGUCGUUGAAAAGUGGCAUAAACACAAAAAAAAGGUUCAGGGGUUACGUAUACCUUUGUAAAGCGCUGUAUGUAGUCUGAUAAAAGCAUUGAACUAGAAAGCUAUAAAAGUGUAUUUCUAGUUUUCAAACAGUGGUGUUCUUCCUCAAACCUAAUUCUUUAUUGUAGCAAAGUCAGAAGUAUAAGGAGUUUUUAAUCCUUCAUCUAAAAAUAAGACAUCAUUGCCUCCUGUAAUUUUAGCUGAUGCCUUUAACCAUUACCAUUGUGUUAGAGAGUGUGUGGAACACAAUGAUUUUGCUUUGACUCUCUGACACAGUGGUGUCCUCGCUGCAUCCGAGUUGUUAAACUUGUUUCCAUUCAACUGAAGCAUAUUAGUCUGAUCUUUAUGUCCCUCCCAGCAAAAGUUAGGCUCACCCAUGAGACCGCCCCAGACAGAAUAUAUAUUUAUCUCCAGUACUAGACACAAAUGAAAGAGGAGAAGGCCUCCCAUUUUAAGGACUGUAAAUUUCCAUGAGGAUUCUGCUGGCUCCAAGCUGAACCCAGCCAAUUUCUCAUCUUCACAAACCCUCUAAUUUAAUGAUGAUGGAGGAUACGCUCUGUGUCAGCCUUAUAAUUACACUGUAUUUACUAUAGAAUUGAAGCUUCCAGGUACUCGUUCAUCAACGAUCCCUGUCUCAUGGCUUGGUUUUUUGGUUUGCCUGCGAGGGUGAAAGCUGAAUUCCCUGCUGAUGUUCACAAUAAACACUCAACUUAGCUCUUGUUAAGACUGGAAUUGCUGGAAUCCCCUUGGCCCGUCAAACAAAAGCUGACCUUAUUCUUCCAAAACAGUGCCCAUCACCACAGCUCGAGUAGUGUUUCUAUUCUCCUGGAAAAUAUCAUGUUGUCUUUGUUGUUAGCUUCUCAUUUGCUUGUGGUGUUACCAAGAUGUUGCAGGCUUUCCACUAAGAUUGGCAUUUUUGCUUCUUUGAUGUAUUGGGUACUCACUGACAUUGAUGUAUGCACGGAAAUUAGCCAUGGGAUGGUUACUGGUGUCGAGGUAUACAAAGGUUUUAAGAAGGUAUGGUUUCAAAAUCCUGUUAUAUCGUCACUGUUGUUCAAAGUCCCUUUACGGAGAUGCCAGAGAAAGUGCUGGGUGUGACACGAGUUUUCUCCAGCCGUAUGGAGUGUAGAAUAAUGGUGCUGUUUCACUUUUCAAUUGGCUUCAAGAAAGACAAAUUUGGCUGGUUGGAAAUGUUUAUGAUUGCACAAAAGACAGAUAAUAAUGGUGUGAAAUAGGGAUGAAAACAAAUAAUUGAUUUACGAUUAAUUGUCGAUUAAUGGUUUAUUAGAUUAAAAUUAGUUCCGUCCGAUUAACUGAUAACCUGCGCUUGGACAGGCAUUCUCUCAGUGUGGUCGCCACCCCGAAGAGGGCGCCGGUCACCCUUAUGCUGAGCCAGUUGAUAUUUGUAUAGAAGGCUCUCUAAUGGGGGAGGCAUCACACAACAGCAGCAAUGAGACGGUCCAAACAGAGUCCAGUGUGGGAUUAUUUUUCUCUGGUUAAUAAUGACAACGAUGCAAAAUGCAUUUUGUGCGGUUCGGUUUUGAAAUAUAAACACUCGAGAAGCUCCCUAAAUUACCACCUUAAUAGCGCUCAUUCAGCCAUGCUACAUGGCGGAGGGGCUUCAACUACUCAACGACAAAUUACAGAUGCGCUUCAAAGGCAAGUAUGCAACGACAGAAAAGCGGAGGACAUUACGCAAAGAAUCUGUAACAUGAUGGAGAAAGACCUGAUGCCAAUAAGCAUGGUUGAUGGUAAGGGCCUUCGUAACUUAAUGCACUUAAUGGAGCCAAGCUUUAACAUUUCUUCGAGAGCAACCAUAACCACCCGUUUAGAGGCGCGCUACAAAAAGAAGGCAGCUGACUUGAAGGUACAGAUAAGAGCACAAAGUGUUGCUCUCACCACCGACUGUUGGACUGCCCUGACAACAGAGAGCCACAUCACAGUAACUGUUCACUUCAUUGACACGGAUUGGAAAGUAAAUUCUGCUGUCCUCCUCACAAACAGUAUGUUGGAGCGACAUAAAGCUGACAAUUUAGCAAACAGGUUAAAUCAAGCAGUGGAGUCGUGGGGUCUCAGAGGUCACAUUGUAGCCUGCAUCCACGACAAUACACGAAACAUUGUCUCCGCAAACAACCCCACCAGAGUAGGUUGGAGUUCAGUUCCAUGCUUUGCACAUAUUUUGCAUUUGGCUGUCAAUUAUAGAUUCACCGCUACUGGUGUAAGCCGGAUCAUUGUAGCUGCCAGCAGACUGGUAAAACAUUUCAACCACAGCGCUCCCGCUACCAAAGCCCUGGAAGCGAAGCAAAAACAACUGCAGUUACCAGGUCAUUGUGUAAUUCAGUCCUGUAAAACCAGGUGGAACUCAGUUUGUGACAUCUUUCAAAGACUUCUGGAACAGAGAUGGGCCAUGUCUGCUGUGCUACCGGACCGCUCUGUGACAAAACUUUCAGAUGCAAGGAUGCUGGAGUGUAGAGACGAGUACUGGCAACUGAUGGAGGACGUGACACCUGUGCUGGAGGCACUCAAGUGUGCAACUACCAUCAUGUCUAUUGAGAGUGAGGCGUCUGCAUCCAACAUAUUCCCUAUCACCUUCAGCCUCAUCAACACUCAUCUCAAGGUGUUGGACAGAGACAGCAGCAAAGCGGCAGAGUUCAAAUCUAAAGUGAAGUCCUCACUUGGUGAAAGGUUGAAGAUUGAAUCUGUCGAAAUCAUAACACCACCUAUGCUGGCAACAAUGCUAGACCCUUGGUACAAGAACCUGGCCUUCCUUUCCCCUCCAUGGACGAUUUCUGCUAAUUCUAACCUGCUUGAACUGGAUCUAGCAGAACAUGUGAGCUCCAAGUCAGAAGAUAUUACAACCCCACAGUAGGAGGCCAGAGGUAUGACUCUUCAGGAUGCUGCAGUUCAGGGCGCACUUCUGCAAUGCUAUUACUCUUGGGUGAAAACUAUUCCACUUCCCUCAAUGAUGACGCAGAGAAAGAAGCACACUGCUAUCUGAAAGAUCCUCAGCGACCUCUUGAUUCCAGUCCCACAGAAUGGUGGAAGGUCAAUGAAAGAAGGUUUCCAAGGCUGGCAGCCUUGGCACGACGAUACUUGUGCAUACCAGGCACAUCAGUCUUAUCUCAACGUGCAUUCUCUGCAGCUGGCCUCAAUGUAAACAGGCUGCGCACACGACUCACACCAGAACAUGUUAACAUGCUGCUUUUUUUUAUGCAAAAAUACUUGGGCCUAGGUUUAUUUCUACAAAGACCUCAUUCAAAGCAUACUGAGGGAUGUCUGUUUUCAGCUCAGGAAGCCUGUAAGUGCUCUUGCAUAGUGUUCAGUUGCCAGUUCUCUUAAUUGUAUUCUCACAUCUCUCAGGGAUAUUUAAAGUUAUUUUUAUGGUUUGUUUUUGAGCUAAUCUUUAAUUUAAAUGUUAAUUUUAUAUCUCUGUUCAUAUGGGAUUUAGUGUUUUACAUUUUGUUCUAUUUAUCUUUUUUUUCUAUUCAGUAACCUAAUAGUUUCCUGUUUUGGCUUAUAAUGAGGGAAAACCAUACUUUUGUGUAUUCAGUCAGUAUUUAAUA